CUGCCUUCUCACUGCAUGACGGCUGCAUGUGCAAAGAUAUGUACCCAUGUACAUCCAAAACUCCCCUGUCAGCCAUAAGCACACACCCACCUCUCUAAUACACUGGGUUAAAGGCAUCGGGAGCAUUCUUCCCAGACAUGUGCCCCUGUCACUCAUGCACAUUCAGACACACAACUACACCACACACCCACUAGUGUUUCCACUGUGUCCUCUGUGUUCCCAGCACAAGGCUGGCACACUGCUCGGUUAGUCUUUUGAACACCGUCUCUCUGCAGCUUGGAGCAAGAAGCUGAAUAACAUUACUGAAUCACCUGCAGCUCCAUUACGUUUUUUUGUGUGGAUUUAUUGUUUUUUUUUUCUGUUUUAAAAACCCAUUGAUUGUUUUAGUUUUUGCUGGAAAACCGUGUGGAGACAGUCAUUUAGUGUGUAGUAGUAUCCUAGUAGUUCAGAAUAAGUCUUGAACUAAUUCUUCGAAAAUGGCCCCUGUGAAAGGCUGGGUAGUGGGGCUCCUGCUGGUUCUCCUGUGCCCCUCCCAGGUCCCCCUCUCGGGAGUCGUGAGUGCCCAGGACGUGGCUGAAGCAGAGCAAGGCCUCCAUGCCAGAAAUGUUGAGGAGGUUGUGGCUGAAGAGGGCCAAACGGCGGAGGGGGAUGAUGGCGCAGGUGAGGAAGAACAACAGGUAGCGGAGGAGGACGGAGACGAAGAAGAUGGAGAAUCAGACGAUGAGGCAGAAACAGAUGAUCAGGAGGAGGAAGGGGAGACCGCUGAGGAGGAAGGGGAGACCACUGCUGAGGAGGAAGAGGAGACUGCUGAGGAGGAAGAGGAGACCGCUGAGGAGGAAGAGGAUGCUGGGGAGGAAGAGGAGACUGCUGAGGAGCAGGAAGACAAGGAUGAGGAGACUGCUGAGGAAGACGAGGCUGAAGAAGAGGAAGCCGAGCAAGAUGAAGAGGCAACUAAGGAAGAGGAGGAGGAUGUUGAAGAGGAGCAAGAGGGGGAGGAGGAGGAGGAGGAGGAGGAUGAGGAAGAAGAAGAGGCUGCUGAGGAGGGUGAGGAAGAAGAGGCUGCAGAUGAGGAAGAGGAUGAUGCUGAAGAAGAGAAGGAGGCUGAUGAGGCAGCAGCUGAGGAGGAAGAGGAGGGUGACGGUGAAGAACAGGAAGACGGGGAAGAGGAGGGGGAGGAGGCUGCAGAUGAGGAAGAAGAGGACGAUGCUGAAGAAGAGGAGGCUGAUGAGGCAGCAGCAGAGGAGGAGGAGGAUGAUUCAACAACUGAAGGAGAGGAGUUAGCUGAGGAAGAGGACGCUGAUGAUGCUGAGGAAGAGGAUGGGGAUGACUCUGAGGAAGAGGAAACAACUGAAGCAGAGGAAGAUGACGAUGAGCCUGAAGAUGAUGACACAGCAGAUGAAGAGGAGCCUGCCACUGACCUGCUGAAAUUCCACUCUGGCUCUUUGUGUAGUGUUUGCUCAAUCUGUGAGCACUGCUCUAAUAACUGUGACAAAUGUCCCUGUGAAGAUGAGUCGGAUCACUGUGAGCACUGCCAAGAAUGCUCAUCCUGCUACAUUUGCCCCAUACUGUGUGACACAAUUUGCACACCAGGUGGCCUUGUUGAUGAGCUAACUGGGACCCUCUUUCAGUAA